AUGAUGGAACGUCCAAGUUCAGUGAAUGAACCUCCAAAACGCAGCAGCAUAGAGGAAUUAGGCGUGGUGAUUUAUGGCACCAAGUGUGAACGUGUCCAUAUAUGGCAAGUAUACAAGCAAGAGAAUCCGCAUGAUCCUGUGGUUUUUGGUGCACGUGAAGACACAAUUAACCCCAAAGGAGACUCCCUAGCCGAGGAAGAGCUAGCUGAAGCUUUCGGCGAAAUGAGCCUUGAUCAAACCACUUCCCCAGGUAUAACAUCUUCCUUUUCAGGUCAAGAAGCACCUAGGAGCCAAGAGAAGACCUUGGAACUUCAAGAGAGUUCAGAACAAGACCAACACAUGAAAGAACUUCAAGAGAUUGAUCGAACUGCUCAAGAUGGACUCCAAGAAGACUUUUACACCAAGAAACAUGUAGAGAAACGAGUGGAGCAUGAAAUGGACCAAGUAGCACCAAUACGUCUCAAACAGUAUCCAGGUUCAAAUAGCCCUUCCAACGGCUAG